UGAGGCGGAGGAGGCCCGGGAGCGCCGCCGAGCCAUGUCCAUGGACUAGCCGAGGCAGCGCAGGGAUCCCCGAGUACGCCGGCCGCUGCCUCGCCCUCCUCCCAACUUGGCGAAACUUGGCGAGCAGGCUGCUGCCCCCGCAAAGAAACUUCCUGGCUGGGGUUGAAGAGGAGCUGUGGAUGUGUCUGAACCAAGGAGGGACUGUCUGCUUCCAGGUGGAGGCGAAGCCUGGCAUGGGGAGCCUUCUACGCUGUGCUAUAGAAGAUGCACUAUUACCGAUAUUCUAGUGCAGAAGUCAGCUGUUGGUACAAAUACCUGCUCUUCAGCUACAACAUUAUCUUCUGGCUAGCUGGGGUGGCCUUCCUUGCGGCUGGACUGUGGGCGUGGAGUGAAAAGGGUGUGUUGUCUGAUCUGACGAAAGUGACUGGUCUUCAUGGUCUGGACCCAGUGGUGCUUGUCUUAAUGGUGGGAAUAGUGAUGUUUACUUUGGGAUUUGCUGGUUGUGUUGGAGCACUGAGGGAAAACAUCUGCCUUCUGAAGUUUUUCUGUGGAACAAUUGUGUUUAUAUUCCUGCUGGAGCUGGCAGUUGCAGUUCUGGCUUUUCUGUUCCAGGACUGGGUGAGGGACAGGGUCAAGGAAUUCUUUGAGAACAACAUUAAAUCCUAUCGAGACGAUAUUGACCUCCAGAACCUCAUUGAUUCACUACAGAAAAUCAACCAUUGCUGUGGUGCCCAAGGUCCAGAGGAUUGGGACUUCAACAUAUACUUUAAUUGCAGCAGUGAAAGCAAAAGUCGUGAGAAGUGUGGUGUUCCUUUUUCCUGUUGUAUACCUGAUCCUGCUCAAAAAGUCGUGAAUACACAGUGUGGCUAUGAUGUCAGAAAGAAGAACAAGAAUCAAUGGGAUGAUCAGAUUUUUGUCAAGGGAUGUAUUGUUGCUCUUGAAGCUUGGUUACCCCAAAAUAUCUACAUUGUUGCAGGUGUCUUCAUUGCUAUCUCACUGCUGCAGAUUUUUGGGAUUUUCCUAGCCAGGACAUUGAUUUCUGAUAUUGAAGCUGUAAAAGCAAGUAAUGCCUUCUGAAUCUAAAAGCAGACGUGUGUUGCAAAAAAGUAUGUUUUACCGUUAUUGGCAGGACACCAAGGUGGAAGAAACGCACAGACCAUGAAAUACACCUGUUAUUAAAAGCCUUAUGUGGAUUUUACCCCUUCAUGCUUUUUGUUAGAAGCUGACCAAAAAAUCAUCUCUGCAUGCACACACCUGCCUACCUUUUUUCUAACGAGACAACUUGGUGCACCAGCAUUGAUCUCUGAGGAAGAAAGGAAGAAAUGGAAUUUCCCAAGACAUUGGCGGAGCACAUUUUAAAGAUCGUGGCAAGGAGACAUGAAACUGCUGUUAACUCUUUCCUUGAAGGAUUACAGUGAAGAUUGUUCUGUUUUCCCUCCAAGCUGGCAUCAAUCUCAAAAUGUAAUAUUUUCAGAAGGCAUUCUGAUUUCUUCAGAAUCUUGAAAUUAUUUUAGUCUCUACAGUAGACUCAUGCAGUCAUUUUUGGCAAGAUAUCAAGAAACCAUCAUCAUCAUGGUGUUAGAAAUGCAAGCCUUUUCUUAAGAGGGGAAAAAUCUGACUUUAUAUAGCAUUAUAUGUUAAAAAUCUCAGUUUCAGGCAAGAGGGUGUGAAUCCCUGAUGCUGUUUCCUGUCUGAAAAAAAUGUAAAUAUUCUUUAUUUAUAGAAGAAAAAAAACUUUUAAAAUGCUGAGCUUUUUAUUGAUCUGUUAUAUCUUUUAAAAGUGCUGUCUGGAGAAAUCUCAAAAUGCAGCUGGUUUCAGUAGGUAGCAAGCAUGCUAUGCUAGCUGUUGAUGAUUUUUGCCUUUCCUCUAGUUUAUCUCAUAACUCUUAUAUUGAUCUUCACAAGUCCUAACUGCUAACACCAGAACUGAUGAAAAACAUUUAAAUUUCCUACUGAAAUCUGUCUUUAAUGAGGAAAGCACAUUUAGUAAAAGAGUUGUUGAGUUUUUAAGUCUUCUGGAAAGCUAUCGAAUCAUCAGUUCUGAUUGUAUUCUGAUGCGUGGUUCAAAUGCCAGUCGCAAUAUGGUGAACCAGAACGAUUUCUUCACAGUAAUUUUCUGCAUCAAACUGAACUAUUUCUGCUGAAGUUAAGUUUUUGGGUCUUUUUUUUAAGAGAAGAAAACUAAACUCUCUUCUCCCUGUUCUCUCUUCUUUGGGCUUCGGUAGAUGGAUCUGUAGUUCAGUAACAGUUCCAGUUUUCUCUAAAAGACUUUGGCAUAGUAUUUUUAGCUUUAAGAUAGAAGUAUUGACUGAGAAUUUCUUGGAAGUAGCUGUCAGUUUUACUGUGGGCCAUAUAACUAACAUUGUUUACUGCUUCCAGUGACACCAAUUUUUUCAGGGAGAGCAGGUUUAUUUACAGUGCCUAACAUAGUGUAAAUUUUAGAAAAGUAUAUAUUUUUAUAAUUGUAUUUUACUACAUGUAGUCUGCCUGAAGGAUUUAAUACUUGUAUUUCCAAAGUAUAAUGGCUCUCUUUAGAAGCCAAACUUUUAAAUAUCUUAUCUAAUGUCCUUUUUUCUAUUAUGCAUGUAUUAACAAUCAUUUCACUGGCAAAAUCUGAUCAACAGUAAGAGUCUUUGUAUUGGUUGUCCGGACAUCUUACUAGCUUUUAAUCUGUGAAGCGCUUCAUAGACAAUGCUGUAAUUCUCAUGUGUACUUCAGUUUGGCUUCCAUAGUUCUAUUUCUGGCCGGUGGCUGAGACACAACAGGAAAAGGAAGCCUGUCUAAGGACGGCUGAUUUCAUUAUGGUGGCAGAGAACAGUCUGUCACUCGUCUGAAAAACCUGAAAGUAAAAUUGCUAGAAGUGCAACAUGGAUUUUUUUUUUUUUUUUCCUAAGCUUUGGUAUACAACAAGGAAACAGCAGCAGUAAAUUGCUGAGGGGAGAGCAAGAGGCAUUUCUUCUGUAGAGUCUUGAAUUUUAAGUCUGUGUUACCUAUUUGUUUAAUCUAGUCCAUUAGAAGCAGCCAAAAACUUGCUGCUGUUACUGCUGCUUUGCAAGCAGCAGUGUCCAGCAACCUUUGCUUUAAACUCUGGUGCUUGAAACUUUACAACACCUCGUCAACCAACUCACUCUGUUAAGGUUAUGUGUAAUAAUCUGAUGUAUGUAAAAUUGGAGAAGGAUGCUUUCCAUUUGUAACUUUUUAUUCUUAAAAUAUUGCAUUGAAAACUGUGUCUAAGGAGUAUAUUUCCUUUUGCCACUUUUUGAUGCAGAAAGCUCCUAAUGCUGGGAAGUAAUUUCAGCAGUUGGUGAAAAUCAUCAUGGUGUCAAAGAGAUCUGCAGAGUUCAUACACUGAAAUUAGCUGCUGGCAAGAGCCAGUGUCACAAAUCAGGAGUCCAGUGUCUGCAAAUCUUGCCAAUUUGCCUGAAGACAAAUGAAUACUUGGUUUCUUUUUGAAGUACUGUUCAUAAGCAAAGUGGUGUCUUUCCACAGUUUGUUCUUAUUGGCUUUGGCCGUAUUAAUACCAGCUUUGUAUCAAUGCUCCAGUUAUUUGGAACUGAAUGCAAGAGAGCAAGUUCAACCUAAUUGAGGAUCUUUACAUUCACGGAGUGAUUUAUUUUCACUGAGGAUAAACUUCUCCGUGCAUAUUCAGUAUCACUUUUAAAACCCUGGGGCUCCAGGCUGGUUUACUUCUAGACGUUGCGAAGUGCUGUCCCCCCAUUGCUGGCACACGUGGCUUGUGUAAUUUCAGACUUGGAAUGGGAAUACUUAGUUGUAUUUAGCACCUUCUCUGAGGACCUGCAGCGACUCCAUAGCUAACGAUUUAGGUUACGGUUUAAAGUUUUGUCAGCGAAAGCAGUUGGGUGUGAGACUGCUGCUGAAGCCUUGAAGGAGGAGCAAUUCAAUGAUCUCACCAAGAGAGGUUUGAUAAAUUGUUGAGACUCCAGUGGUUGCAUUUGGAACAUCUCCACAAACACUACAAUGGAAACAAGUUUUUUAAUGAAGAUACAAGAUCAGACUUGAAUAACUAGACUGAGAGAAGGAAACUUUUCAGUGUGAUCACUUAUCUUUCUCAGAAAUGAGCACAAUGUAUUUCUGUGAAGCAAUGUAUUUAUUUGUCGGUAUGUUUGACAGUGCAACUGCCCUUUUGUUUCUAUUAAUAUACCUGCAUUUGCACAGUUUCCCUGUAUGUGAAGAAGAUGAAUAUAAGCACUGACAAAGUGCAGAGACCAAAGGAGAAUCAGUCGCUUCCUGAAAACCUGAAUAUUUCUUCCCAAGAGGUCUUUAGUUUUGGUGACCCUCAUAUGGUGCCAUAUGGAUAGACAUGUACCUCCAGUCCUUUGAGGAGGUUGAUGUGGCAAUUGGUUUAUACAUAGAAUUGCUUUGGUUUUUGUCUCCCCAUUCCAUCCUUGUCUCUUCCUUCCCCCUGCCACCUGUGGAUUAUCAUGCAGCUUGAACAUUGUUUAGCCAGUGGAAGAGGAGGUUCUGUCUCCUGAGAUGGCUUUUCUGAGUGACUUUCAGUAUAUUUUUUUUUUUUUCUCAAGCCUUAAAUUUGAUUAAAUAAAAUUUAAUGUUUUGUA